AUCCUCGCUCUUCUACUUUUAGCACUCUGUCCGUCUCUGAUACUUACUCCUACCGCUUCUUCUCAGCCUGGAAAUGGCAGACGGAAUUCGAUUCUUCCAACUGAACACCGGAGCUAAGAUUCCCUCGGUAGCGCUUGGGACUUGGCAAGCUGACCCUGGCCUCGUCGGUCAAGCCGUCGCUACCGGCGUAAAGGUUGGAUACCGCCAUAUUGAUUGUGCUCAGAUCUAUGGUAAUGAGAAGGAGAUUGGUUUUGUUCUGAAGAAUCUGUUUGAAGAUGGUGUGGUGAAGCGUGAAGAUUUGUGGAUUACUUCUAAACUCUGGUGUACUGAUCAUGCACCUGAAGAUGUUCCGGAGGCCUUGAAUAGGACCCUACGAGACUUGCAGCUUGAUUAUGUUGAUUUGUACCUUAUCCAUUGGCCUGUCCGGAUGAAGAAGGAGUCAGUAGGCUUUAAGCCAGAAAACCUUGUCCAACCAGACAUACCUAGCACGUGGAAAGCAAUGGAAGCACUCUAUGAUUCUGGCAAGGCAAGGGCUAUUGGAGUCAGCAAUUUUUCUUCAAAGAAAUUGGGAGAUUUGCUCCAGGUAGCUCGUGUUCCUCCUGCUGUAGUCCAGGUGGAAUGUCAUCCGUCAUGGCAGCAGACCAAGCUACGCACAUUUUGUGAAUCUAAGGGAGUUCACUUAUCAGGAUAUUCACCAUUAGGUUCUCCUGGCACCACGUGGCUCAAGAGUGAUGUCCUCAAGAAUCCAGUUGUACUAAUGGUUGCAGAGAAACUAGGCAAAACUCCUGCGCAAGUAGCCCUUCGUUGGGGCCUGCAAAUGGGUCAUAGUGUGCUUCCAAAGAGUGUAAAUGAAGCAAGGAUUAAGGAGAACUUUGAUGUCUUCGACUGGUCUAUUCCUGGAGACUUGUUUGCCAAAUUCUCUGAAAUUGAGCAGGCAAGUAAUCAUUUAAAUAUCAUCUUUAUAAAUUAUACUUCUCUAAUUACUAGACACACUUGGUUUUUACAUGGCGAAUUAGUAUAUAGCUGUUACCAGCACAGAGCCACAGGCACAGUGAAUACUUCCUACUAAUAUGUAUCGUCUGUCAUAUAUGGCAUGCGAGUUCUAUCUAUGAUACUUUUACCGUGUUCUGUUGGAGGAUUGUGGAUGAGGUGCAAUAACUGUAUUAUGUUGAUGAUGGGAUGAUAGUGUUUGUGAUAAUAUCGGACUCACAAUCUUCAUUAGUGUCUUCUUUUUAAAAUUGUGCAGGCAAGACUGGUUAAAGGCACCUCAUUCAUCCAUGAGACUUU